AUGACAGGACACGGAGACAGGAUGAAAGUGGAAACCCCAGACAGAGUGCGAAGUUCGGGAAUACGGUACCAUGGCACAUCCAACCCACUGGAGUUUCUAGGCAAAAUGGAGGAAUGGGCCAAAGGAUGUGGCAUAAACAAGAAUGCAUUGGUACAAGCGAUGCCAUUUAUCCUAGAAGGCGCCGCAGAGGACUGGUGGAAUACGGCGCCGAGUCGGGUGAGGACAUGGGAGGAGCUGAGGAGGAAACUUCGAGAGUACUUCCUACCGCCAAGGUAUCAGAAGCAAUUGGAUGUACAAAUCGGACAACUACGACAAAAGGAGGGAGAACCAACACGAACAUACGCGAUGGAGCUGAGAAAGCUGUUGAGAUUCCCCGACUACUCGGAGGAGGAAAAGAUGGAUAGGAUCUACAAGAACUGUCGGAGUAAGAUAAAGCUGUAUGAACGAAGAUCAGGCUUUUCGUCUCUAACGGAGUUCCUAACACUGGCAGAAGAAGUGGAGGAAGUUGAGGCGGCAGAAAGACAGGAAAUAGCCAUCAGAGAGCCUCAGGAGGAUCUAAGACGGAAACAACAGGAAGAAGUUGUGGUAAAAACGGAGCCAUCCGACAAGGAGAUCCAGACUUACUACGGCACCGGCAACAUUCCAGUGAGCCCUGGAUACCAUCAUAGGGCCAGAAAUGGAGCCGUUCGCGUUCGCAUAUCUGGAUGA